UGCUGCAUCUGCAAUAUAUAAAACCACCUUAUAAAACAAACCCAUGUGCUCCAUUUUGUGUGUUUAUCAAUGAGUCUUGAAUGUUGUUAUGGAAUCGUGUGUAAGUAUCUGUGUUCCAAUGUGAGUUAAUACCCAGGUCUCCAUUCUCCAUGGCUCUGACGUCAGGUCUUAGAUGACAUUCUUACGCUGCCUAUAGCCUCACCAUGCCAGGCUCCAGUUCAUUCAGAGUCAUGGUGAAAUGAUACAUCUAUACCACAGAGAGCGUUAGCAAGGAUCAGAUAUAAAGGAUAUAAAUCAUAUCCCUAAUGUGUGUGUGUGUAUGUUUCCUCUUCUGAAUGUGCAGGUCAUGGAGUUAUUCUCCAUAGUUAGACACUUCCUGGUAUCACAGAGACGGUCUCUCGAACCUCAGGCAUAUCCUCAGUCUCCUUUUCUCCAGCACUUGCUCCUACAUACAAUACUAUACACAUUAGCCUACUACAAUCUACAGACAGUUGCAUUCACACAAACUUUAAAGCAACAUAUAUAACCAUAAUAACUAGGACUGCUGUAGCACACUAAGUCAACAGUACUUACAAAUACAGUUAUACCUUACCUUCCCCUAAAACCACUGCAUGUUUAUGUAAAGGGAAGAAACACUGUUUAAGAAAAAUGUUUUGCCAUUGUUUAAAAACAGUUGGACAAAUCACAGGUCUGUGUGCUCGCUUGUUUAUUUUUCUUAGUAUCCCCCUUCUCUGACUUAUUGUUGACUUCAUACACUUUAGGCUCCACACUGUACAUACACUCUGUCCACUUCCCAUACAGCACACGGCGCCAUACAGUUACCGAUGUCUGAUAUUAUAAAACCCCCAAAAACGUAUUAUUCAGUGAAAUUAUUCAGUUUACACUGUGCUGUGGUUUUUGGUUCGUUAACUUCACAAUUUAUUUUUCUAAGCUGCGCUCGCAUUCUACACGUGGUGUAUUUCUAUAUAUUUUUUCCUAUGGAGGGGGUAGGCAUGCAUCGACACGGCCUUCCAGGAUACAAUCAAAGGCACUAGACUAGAUCUAAAUAAGAGGACUCUUAGUCCUGACACAAUAGAAGUCUCUGGGCAAAAACGGGCAAGGUUUUUGUCAAUUAUGUCCUCCAUUUUUGUUACUAUCACCCUCAGCAGAUGAGAUGGCUCCACCAGUCUCGUGUUCUCAGUGUGGCACUUCCUGUUGAUAAAGGAUGUUGCAUCAGAAGAUCCUUCAGCAUAGUUAUGCUCAGAACCCAUGUGGACCAGCAGCCUCUCACAUGCCUUGCAGUCAUGGAGGAUUUGCUCUUUCUGCACCUCAUGUGCACGCCAUCCGCUUAUAUAGCUCAGGAUCUCAUCCAUCAAACAAUCACCAUCUGCAUCCCCCUUGUGUUGAUCUGUGUAUUGUGGAAAUCAUAUUUGUGAGUAAUACAAACACCUAUUUUUAAUGUUGUUUGUGUUUUAUUGUUUACCAUUGUAAUUGCUGUAAGGUCACUGAAGCAGUGGGAAGAUUCUCUGAGUUGGCCUGCUUCGUCGGGACGAGAGCCGGAAGCACGUGGGGUGAAUGCAGGAGAUGAAGGCAGAAGAGGAAGGCCCAAGAAAACAUGGCAGGGAACAUUGGAGAAUGAGCACCUACAACAACUAGCACAAUGAGAUGAGAUGGAGGAGAUGCGCUGUGAGAUGCUGGAGAUGCGGGAUCUGUUCCUGGAGGAUGAGGUGUGUCAGCUUCAGGAGCUGCGGCUGCAGCUGGAGCAGGCCAACAAGUUGUGUCGCAUCCUGCAGUACCGCCUCCACAAGGCCGAGCGCCGUAGCCUCAGGGUGGCCCAGACUGGCCAGGUGGAAGGGGAACUGGUCCGCUCCCUGGAGCAUGACGUCAAGGUAGCAAAGAGUGUAUCCCUCCGCCUGCACAAUGAGUUGGAGUCCGUGCAACAGAAGAACUCCCGGCUGGAGUGGGAGAACGAUGCGCUUCGGGAGAGGCAACAGGAGCUGGAGGUGGCAAAGCAAGUUCAACAGGGCGAGAUGGAGAAAGCCAGAGAAAGUUCUCUGAAGAGGAAAAAUGUCAGAUCACCAAACAGCAAGACUGAGAAGACGCUGUCUCCCCAGGAUGACAGUGCUGAUCUGAAGUGCCAGCUUCACUUUGCCAAGGAGGAAUCAGCUCUCAUGUGCAAGAAGCUGAGCAAGAUGGUGUCGGAAAGUGAGUGCAUGCGUGAGGUUCUGUCAAAGUACCGCUCGGCCUAUGGAGACGUAGAUGCUGCUGCCCACUCCUCUGAGGGUGGUACUGCCAAGUCCCCCCACACCAGGGAGGCAGAGGUCAAGGUUCACCUGCGGCUGGUGGAGGAGGAAGCGACGCUGCUGAGCCGCCGUAUUGUAGAGCUGGAGGUGGAGAACCAUGGCCUCCGGGCAGAGAUGAGCGACAUGAGGGAGAGCGUAUUAGGAGGAGGAGGAGAAGAGGAAGAGGAGCAGCCACAGAAGGCAGCCAGGGACAAUGGGGAUCUACCACCGCUUUAUGUGAGGGAUGUAGAGGAUUGUGAACAGAGCUUGAGGAGGGAGUGUAUGCAGUUUGAGCAGGAGAAGAGGGAAGAGCAGAGAAGGAGUGUGAUUGAGUGUUUUCAGGAGGAGGUGAUGGAAAUACAGCGUAGAGACCAACCUCAGACGGAGAGGUUGAGUCCCCUCAGUCAGAUCCCUCGAAAGGGGUCUGUAGGUGGGGAAUGGGAGCCCCUGGACAACCAGCAGAGUUAUACACGCAGAGGCAGUGUUGCCCAUACCUUGAAUGUGAAAGACCAUGAGGCCCUCCUUGUCUUGCGAGAUCAUGCCUGCCUUGUAACCUCAGCUAUCCAGCUUUUUGUCUCACCGGCCAAGAAUGGCCACAGCUCCCCUCCCUUAUCUCCCCACAUCUCUCGGGCAAAGUCUUACCCUCAGGGUAAAGCCCAGCCUCUGGCUCUGGACCCACUCAUGCAAGGACACCUUCAUGAGACUCUGGAGCUCCUGCAGGCAAUGCUGUUAGCCUUAAUGGGGAGGGUGGAGUUAUUGGUGACACAAGGAGGAGAGUUGAGGGUUGAAGGAAAUUGGGAUCCCACCGCAAUCCCAUCCCUGGCUGAUCAGGACACACAAAACAACACAGAGGUCUCAGCCAAGAAGGAAACAGGUGAAGGCCUGCACACAGUAGUGGUGAAGGAGAGCAUAAGACGAGCAACACGGUCAGAUCACCUCGACAGCUGCAGGGACCCCAUGAUGAAGCUCACUUUGAAGGUCCUCUGGGUCCUCCACCAGCGCGGUGUGGGGAAGAGAUCUGGCCUGGAGGGCAAAGAGAGCAGAGAUCUUACGACUAUGUCUAUACUACACGGGUUGCUGCAGUACUUGGGCACAGAGCUGCAGGACUCAGAGGACAGCAUGGCAGGACAGGAUGCGAAGGCCACAUGGGCAUCAGACUGGAAAGGCUUAGUCUCCAAGAUGGAGUGCAGCACUGGUAAGACUGAGGCACAGGAGUAUCCAGACCAGCCAGGCCAUCCUAGAGGAAUACAGAGUGAGAUAACUGAGACAAGAAAUAAGACCAAACCAGACCGCUCUAUAUUAGGUUCCAAGAAGAAGAACUGGUGUUACCUCAGCCAAGAGGCUGCCCAGCUAGACAGAGAAGACCCCUUUAAGACCUGGGACCACCCCAUCAUGCCCCCUAGCUUCCCUAAUCUAAACUUGGACCAGUUGACCCUGGACAGUAGCUGCACUGCCCCAGAGAAGACUGUCCUCCGCAUCUACUACAGUCCCCUGUCUGCACGGAGAGUCCAUCUAGCUCAUCUGAGGCACAUUACCAACACUGAUAGAAAUUCUACUACCAGUGUAAUCUCUGCCAGGCUUAGUACGUCCCAAAACUCUCUUACUCCCUUAUGUCUGAGGGUCUCCGCUAACUUGAGCGACGACAUGAAAGAGAUGACAGCUAGCUUACAGGCAGUUCACUCCAGUUCGCCGGAGAGGAGGAAGGGGAGGGUGAUUGUGAGUGGGGGAUGGACAGUGGACGUGGCCACCACAGGGACUCAGACCCAGAUGCACCCACAGAUGGUGAGUGUGGGUCUACAGACGGAUGGGCCCUACAGUGUAAGUGCAGUGAGAGGCAACCCUUUACGCCUCUCUACCCGCACUCAACAGAUCUCGACUUCCCUUGAGAGGCUCCCAGGGAGGACCGAGAGGUCCAAGUCAGGCUCCACCUCCCCAAAAAUGUACUGCAGAUACUCUGCCUCUGCUUCAUCUUCAUCGUCCAUCUCCCCUUCCUCCACAACUGGUUUCACCACCACCUCCAUCUCCUCCACCUCCUCCUCUGCCACUCCUGGCAGAGAGAGUGUUUUGUGGAGCCUUUCCCAUCGGGGUCCUGCUGGGCCAACCUGGGCCCGCCCCAUCAAUCCCAGAGCUGGUCCAAGGCUUAUUCACCAUAGCACAAUAAACAGUGAAUUGAGCAGUGGAGGGAACAACACUAAACCCACCAGAAAACCUGGUGGUGCCAACCGGUACGGCCUAGUCACAGAGUUCUUGCGCAAAAUGAGUGGUCGAGCAGACAAGCCAGCACAAGCAACAGCACCGGACGGGGGGCAGAAGGGGAAAUGCAGUCCAAAUCAUAAAACCCUGGAGGUUGUGCCCACUCGUCGCCCUGCUGCACCAGUACACAGGAACGGCAGUGUCUCCAGGAUUGGGAACCAGAGGUUCAUGAAGCAGAGAGAGGAAGCGUGCCGCAGCCAGAAGGAGGAUAACUGCCCCAGUCAGGCCCACAGUCAGAACCAGGCUCUCAGAAGAGACCUGAACCUGGAGAGUAAAUUGACACUGGAAGAUGGGAACUAUGACUGUAGCAGUUCCAAGUCCUUGUCCUUCUGCUUUGCCCGAUCAUCUCGCCUUGGCCCUGACCAAGCUACAGCAUAAUAGAUAUUCCUCCGCUGUAAACGGCUGUGGGUCAGGAGAGCCCAACUCCAACUGUGAGUAAGGGGGUGGAGCAGUAUCACCUUGACACCACUGGACAGCUGAUAAAGAUUACAAGGGACAUGGAGAAUCCAAGGCCUGUGUUCUGGAAUUCUGCUUUCAGUAAUCAGGAUGAAUGGAUAGAGGGAAGUACUUUAGAACCCAUUAUGAUAGGGGGUAUAGUUAUUUGAGAUACAUACAUGUCUAUUAUCUGCCUGUAGGAGUUAUGUAAGAAAUUCUGUGCUAGAAAAACUAUUUUUUUCUUCUUUCAGUUCAGCCCAUGGCACUUCACCUUUUUACAAUAUGCAACAACCUUUUUGGACACACCAAGGCAUUUACAAUUGUCAGUACUCAUUGAUUUUGUAUUAUCUUAUAGAACUAAAUAAUAUUUUCUACAUCUGUAAGAAUAUUGUCGGAAUGAAUAAACUACUAUACUAUGCAAUUCUGUACUGUAAUUAA